CAGCGGGGCCUGGGGCGGCCGCAGCGGCGCAGGUGAGCGGCGGCGGCGCAGCUCCUGUUGAAAAUGGAUGACUUAGACUUCAAUCUGAAAAUUGUCCUCGUCAGUUUCAAGCAGUGUCUCAACGAGAAGGAAGAGGUGCUCCUGGACCACUACCUUGCCGGCUGGAGAGGCCUGGUCAGGUUCCUGAAUAGCCUGGGCACCGUGUUCUCCUUCAUCUCCAAGGACGUGGUGGCGAAGCUGCAGAUCAUGGAGAAGCUACGCAGCGGUGCCCAGCGGGAGCACUACAGCAGCCUGCAGUCCAUGGUGGCCUACGAGGUAGGCAACCAGCUGGUGGACCUGGAGCGGCGCUCCCGCCACCCCGACUCAGGCUGCCGGACUGUGCUUCGGCUGCACCGGGCCCUGCACUGGCUGCAGCUCUUCCUGGAAGGCCUCCGCGCCAGCCCCGAGGACGCGCGCACUGCCACACUCUGCACGGACUCCUACAAUGCCUCCCUGGCCGCCUAUCACCCCUGGAUCGUCCGUCGCGCCGUCACCGUGGCCUUCUGCGUGCUGCCCACACGCAAGGCCUUCCUGGAGGCCAUGAACGUGGGGUCCCCUGAGCAGGCCGUGGAGAUGCUGGGUGAGGCCCUGCCCUUCAUCGAGCGUGUGUACAGCAUCUCCCAGAAUCUCUACGCCGAGCACGCCCUGCUGGACCUGCCUUAGGGGCUGGGGGCCCGGCGCCCGGCGGGGUGGGCGUGCCCUAACCCAGAGCUGUGUGGGGGUGGCCAGGACCCAGCAGUCCCGCCAUGGAAAUAUCUGUGUCCUCCUGUGAACUCAAGCUGGUCCGGAGCCCCUCAGACCCUGCCUCCGGCCGAGGUGCUGGCCAUCUGUGCCUCACCCGGCCCCUCCCUGACCGGGCGUCUCAUCUUUACCCUCUGCCAUGGUGCCCGCAUGUCCAGUCAAGUCACUCUUGGUGGGUGAAGUGCAGAAGGCAGGGGAGCGUUCAUGGACAAGCUGCCCCUCCCUGGGGGUCAAGUGUGAGAUGGAGGCGACGUCACCAGGCCCAGGAUACAGAAUCCGUCCAGAGGACAGGCGCCUCCGUACAGCUGGCUGUCCCCUGGACGGAGUACCCCUGGACAGCAGUCAGCACCGCAGGCUUCCCCCUGCCCCGCCUCCUCAGUUAGGGGCCCACGUGCUCUGACCAUGGCACCUGGAGCCCCGAGGGGUGGCCUGCCCUGCCUCCACAGCCCUGUGCACGUCGGCUGCCUCCUGCAGCCUCAAGUCUGCACAGCACCACCCGAGAACCCCCAGGAGCCCAGCGCUCUGCUGGGCCAGGCUUGGCCUCUCCCUCCCCAGUGUCCAGCGAGGUGCUGUGUUCCCUUCGUCCCUGACCCUUGCUGCUCUGUCCCCAUGGAGCUCAGGAGACCCAGAAUGAUUUCUUACAAGGGAGGGGGCCUGGACCGCUUUGCCUCUGUGCCAGGCUGGCAUGUGGCCGCACCUGUCCGCCAUCACUCAGGGCUUAGGCGCCUGUCCUGUCCCGCUGCCUCUUCCAUGUGAGUCCAGGCCCAUGGGUGCCAAGGGGACAGCACCCAGCCUGAGCAGAUGUAUGUAAAUGCGAGCCUUCAGGGCCCUUUAGAAGCUGUAAUACGAGUGAUGGCUUUUUCCAAAAUAAACUCCACUUACAGAA